AUGGAGGCGCGCGGGGAGCCGGCCCCGGCGCGGGAGUCGGCGGGCAGCGACCUGCUGCUGGCGCUGCUGGCGCGGAGGGCCGACCUGCGCCGAGAGAUCCCCCUGUGCGCCGGCUGCGACCAGCACAUUCUAGACAGAUUCAUCCUCAAGGCUCUGGACCGCCACUGGCACAGCAAGUGUCUCAAGUGCAGCGACUGCCACACGCCGCUGGCCGAGCGCUGCUUCAGCCGCGGGGAGAGCGUCUACUGCAAGGACGACUUCUUCAAGCGCUUCGGGACCAAGUGCGCCGCGUGCCAGCUGGGCAUCCCGCCCACCCAGGUGGUGCGCCGCGCCCAGGACUUCGUGUACCACCUGCACUGCUUCGCCUGCGUCGUGUGCAAGCGGCAGCUGGCCACGGGGGACGAGUUCUACCUCAUGGAGGACAGCCGGCUGGUGUGCAAGGCCGACUACGAGACGGCCAAGCAGCGAGAGGCCGAGGCGACGGCCAAGCGGCCGCGCACCACCAUCACCGCCAAGCAGCUGGAGACGCUGAAGAGCGCGUACAACACGUCCCCCAAGCCGGCCCGCCACGUGCGCGAGCAGCUGUCCUCCGAGACCGGCCUGGACAUGCGCGUGGUGCAGGUGUGGUUCCAGAACCGCCGGGCCAAGGAGAAGAGGCUGAAGAAGGACGCGGGCCGGCAGCGCUGGGGGCAGUACUUCCGGAACAUGAAGCGCUCGCGGGGCGGCUCCAAGUCCGACAAGGACAGCGUGCAGGACGGGCAGGACAGCGACGCCGAGGUCUCCUUCACCGACGAGCCGUCCAUGGCCGACAUGGGUGCCGCCAACAGCCUGUACGGCGGCCUGGGGGAGCCCGCCGGGGCCCUGGGCCGGCCCGCCGGGGCCCUGGGCAGCUUCGCGCUGGAGCACGGAGGCCUGGCGGGGCCCGAGCCGUACCGGGAGCUGCGCGCGGGCAGCCCCUACGGCCUGCCCCCCUCCCCCGCCGCCCCGCAGGGCCUCCCCGGCCCCCAGCCCCUCCUCUCCGGCCUGGUGUACCCCGACGCCAGCUUGGGCCUGGUGCCCUCGGGACCCCCGGGCGGCCCCCCGCCCAUGCGGGUGCUGGCGGGAAACGGACCCAGCUCCGAUCUAUCCACGGGGAGCAGCGGCGGCUACCCCGACUUCCCGGCCAGCCCGGCGUCCUGGCUGGACGAGGUGGACCACACGUCGUUCUGA